AUGGCGACGCCCGCGCAGGAACGAAAGGGAACAUUCGAGAGGAUAAUAGAAACUGGGAUCAACGUUCAGACACCUGCGUUGAAAUUCGAGAUGAGCGUUUUCGAUGCCGAUAUCGACGACUUCGACGAUUUCUCGCGUGAGAGGGAGGAGGAAGAGGAAGAAGAAGCUGAAGAGGAGUUGGGAGAAUGGAAGAAGUUGGCGGACGAAGUGUCUACCGUGUGGGAAGAUAGCACUGCUAGGAGUGACGAAGGUGAAAAGUUUGAGGUGUUUCACGAGGAUGACGAAGAAGUAGGUGAAGAGGAGAGGGAGGAGGAGGAGGAGGAGGAGGAAGAAGAGAUACCACUUUCCUCGACGAUUUCUAGCGCGGAAAAGUUGGAAGAGGAAGAGCGACAGAUAGAGGAAUCCGAUCACGUGCUCCCCGAGAUACCUGCAGAGGUUUCGGCUGACCGUGAAGCGAUUAUUAACAGGCUGAAGGAGUUGCACUCCGAAUUGGCCGAGUUGCGAAGGAAGAAUAAAAUGCUGGAGGUCUGGGUCUCUCGAAUAAUGAAAAAGAGCCAGCAAAGAAUGACACCCUCAGAUCCCACCAAAACCGCCGAACAGAUGGAAGAAGUCUACAGAGAAGCGCUGCGAGACUACAAAAUACAGGUCGACGAGAUACUGAGUCAGCAAGCAGAGCUGACGUUCGAAUUACAGACUUACACUCGAAAGGUUCAGACGAGCAAGGAGGAGGACUAUCAAAUCUUCCAAGGAUUUCUAGAUCGCGAGAAAGAGGUAUCGAUCGAUCUGGUCUACGCGAAAACGGGCAAAAGAAUCACCGAGAAGAUGAUGAACAACGUGAUACGUCGUCAGAACACGCGACGCGAAGUUUUAGCGCGAGAUCGUCGGAACUACAUACUUCUUCAGCAUCGUCUCGAAGAUUUGAACACGAGACUGAGAAUAGCGGAAACCUUGGGGGAAGGAAUGACUGCUAUGGAUUACGAGGCUCUUCAUAUCGCUAAUAUCGGAUACAAGGAUAGAUUGGACGAGAGAGAUCGGGAAUUGGAGAAACUUCGAAUUAAAAUCGCGGAGACGGUGAAUGGAGUGGCUCAGUACAAAGAGAAAGAGGUGUGUAUCUCGCAGGAUAUAGAAUUCGAAGAGGGCAAUCUGGAGGAGUACACCGAGGUAAACACCAAGAUUCGAGAACGAUUGAACAAAGUUCACGUGGCGUUGAACGAGGUACGGGACACCAUGAACGAGAAGAGAAUCGAAGCUGGAUUGCUCGUUUGCAGCCAAGAGCUGAGGGAGAUGGAGAAAAUGAUGAGGAUGAGGGACGAUCUGUUGACGAAGAUCGAGGAGAUCCAACGCGAGAUUCAACGGUAUCAGCCAGCGAAAUAG